AUGACAUUGGCCGACUUAGGCCAAACGAAGUCUGAGUGGUGGGAGAUGGUGAAGGCCAGAACUCAACGGCUGUUUCGCAAUCUCGCCUGGAACAUGCAGUCCUCCAGGUACAAGAUGUAUCUGGGCUUGCUUGGGAGGUUAGACAUCCUGAUCUCGCAGGGAGGUGACCCCGAGGACAUUGCGGCAGUUAAAAACCUGAUGAGGAGUUAUCAGUAUGACAGGUACGCCUCCCUUGUAAAAGAGAGGGAUCAUGGGUCAUACUGCUCGCCCGAUCCUUAUCUUAGCUGCAAGCGGAAGGAAGGUACCAAGUCCAUCCCUAGUCUGCGGGGCACCGACGGGACCCUAGAGGAGUCUCCUCGCGGGAUUCUGAAGGUGGUCCGCGACUACUAUAUUGAGCUCCUCGGAAAGGGCAGCCCCCAAUGUAGCGAGGAGGAACCUCCCACGGGAGAAGGGUGGAUGACUUCUUGA